AUGCCUCUUCGGAUCACAACGUGGAACGUCAACGGUAUCAGAAACCCGUUCUCAUACCAACCAUGGCGGGAAAACCGCACGUUCCAGGCGAUGUUUGAUACACUGGAGGCAGACAUCGUAGUGAUGCAGGAGACCAAGAUUCAACGAAAGGAUCUCAGGGACGAUAUGGUGCUAGUCCCAGGCUGGGAUGUAUUCUUCAGCCUUCCAAAGUACAAAAAAGGAUACUCCGGAGUGGCCAUCUAUACUCGUUCUUCCAAGUGUUGCCCAAUCCGCGCUGAAGAAGGCAUGACCGGGGCUCUCUGUGCUCCAAACUCUUCCACCGCAUACCGUGAUCUCCCCGUCGAUCAGCAGAUUGGUGGAUACCCAACAUCCGGACAGCUCUCGGAUUCAGUUGAUGAACAAACGCUAGACUCUGAGGGCCGUUGCGUCAUUCUAGAGUUCCCUGCCUUCGUUCUCAUUGGAGUCUACAGCCCCGCCACACGAGACGAGACACGGACGGAGUUCCGCGAGGCAUACAUCGAUGCGAUGAAUGUGAGGGUUCGAAACCUCGUUGCGAUGGGGAAACAAGUCUUCCUUUGUGGAGACCUUAACAUUGUACGGUCCGAGAUGGACACCGCGGGCUUGGCGGAGCGCCUACGAAAAGAAGGCAUGACUCUUGAAGAUUUCUUUUCGAUGCCCUCGCGGCAAUUUCUCAACCACAUCGUAUUUGGGGGGCGCGAAACUGCAGAAAGGGAAAGCGAACGGGAAGACCCUGUUCUCUGGGAUCUUUGUCGAGAGUUUCAUCCAACCCGUGCUGGCAUGUACACGUGCUGGGACACCAGAAAAAACGCCCGUCCUGGUAACUUUGGGAGUCGGAUCGAUUACGUUCUCUGUAGCUCCGGGAUCAAGGACUGGUUUGUUGAUUCCAACAUCCAAGAGGGCUUGCUAGGAUCCGACCACUGCCCCGUAUACGCCACGAUCAGCGAUACGGUCAGCGUUGGCAACAGCAAGGUGCCCAUCGAGGACGUCAUGAACCCGACGGGGAUGUUCGAAAACGCCCAACGCCAGCGAGAAUGGUCCGCCAAAGACCUUCUUCCAAUGUCUGCCAAGCUCAUUCCGGAAUUUGACCGCCGCCAAAGUAUCAAGGACAUGUUCUUCAAGAGAGCCACACCAUCAGCGGCCACAAAACAGAAGGCGACGGAGGAAAACUCGCAGAAGAUAUCGACCGUACCAGAGGUUACACACCCAAGCGUCAACGAUAAGGAACUCGAUGGAAAAAGCACCUCCGUAGUGUCACAGUCCUCUGGACAAGCACUGAUAAGCACAACGGAAUCCACGGACAAAAAUCAAAGCAUCAGUUCCUCAGCAUCUCCAACACAUGCUCUUCCACCAAAGCGGCAGGCGACCUCCGCCGUUACCCCGACUCGCCCGCAGAAGAAGGGAAAGCUCAUACCCGACAAAGGCAGCUUAGCGAGAUCAACACUCGGCCGCUCACAAAGCAGCUUAAAGGGCUUUUUCAAACCCAAAGACUCAGGCGCAGCUGCCAGUACUAACCCAGCAAAGGCAGCUGCGAAUUCAACCAACUCUCCAGCGAACCCCGGACCACACGAUAGCCAAAGAAUCGCGACGAUUGAAGCACCCUCGGCUGAACUUGACGAUCAGAAAACAAGCGAAAGUAGCCAAAAGCCAGGAAGCCCCUCGGAUAAGGUGUUUGAUCCGAUCGAGGCUAAAGAGUCGUGGUCAAAACUGCUCGGCAAACGCGUUGUGCCUAAAUGUGAACACGGCGACGACUGCCAAAGCCUCGUCACUAAGAAACCGGGCAUCAAUUGCGGUAUGUCUUUCUUUAUGUGCCCUCGCCCGUUAGGCCCGACUGGAGACAAAGAGCAAGGAACAGAGUUUCGUUGCCGGACAUUUAUUUGGAGCAGCGACUGGAACGGCAGACAGUGA